CCGGAAUGUGCUGGUCGGUGAGUCGCCAAAGCAAAUGCUAUGCGAUCGCCAUUUGUGCUUAUUUCUAUGGACUGCUGGACAUUGCGGUGAAGGUCUACUGUCUAGCCUAUGAUGGAUUUAAGCCGUUUAUAGUCGUUGGACUCUCGGCCUGGCUACCGAUUCUGCUAGCCGCCACUUUGCUCUUUUUGGGCGCCAGUCAGGCAAGUUCAAGGGACACUCUCCUCUCCCCACUAACUCCCGUUUCUAUUGCCACAGGAGCUGCGUGUGCUCAUUCUCAUCUCGAUCUUAUUGACUGUACUUGGUGGCUGUCUGUGGAUUAGUUCCAGCCUGUGGAUGCUGGCUGAUACUUGGGGAGCAGAUGAACUCUUUCUAAUAGAAACAGUAGUGGGAGUCAUUUCCCUUUUAGUUUUCCUAAGUAAGUUAAUCCAUAGACACUUUCAGGCUAAAUACUUCCCGGCGUUCUCUUUCAGUUCUGAUCGGAUUGCUCGUUUAUUUUCCAUGUAGGUUUAUGAAAGAAUUCCAAAGAUAAAUGCAACAGAAAAACACACAAAACCUUUAACGCAAUUCAACUGUUUUUUCUAUAUGUAAUUUGAAAUAAGUCACAAUAGCUCGAGUUGGCCAAAUGGCAAUGGACAAAAUUUGCAUAAAAUAACAAUGGACGACAACAAAUCAAAUGCGAAAAUAGACAGGCAGAGACACAGUCACACAAGCUUCGGCCUCGCCCUCUGCGGUGGAGCGCCCUCGGUGUUAAGCCAGACAGCAAAUAGAAAGUGAAAAUCAAAUACCCAAAUGCUACCGUUUAUUUUGUUGUAUUUUUGCCCAUUUUCGUAUUUUCUUGCUGGGUUUAUUUGUC